CAAUGUACAUAGUGUAUUGUUCCCUGUAUUUUCCCUGUACCAGCCCUACCACGUACCUGCUCUGAAAUACGACAGAAGGGAGAGACCAAGGCUGGAACCUACACCAUUGUUUGACCCAGAUGGGCCUUACUUUGGUGUUACUGGGUUUAAAGUCUACUGCAACAUGACAGCAGAAGAUGGUGCAGGAGUGACGAUCAUCGGACAUGACAGCGAGACCCGUACACACGUGCAAGGAUACGAAAAUCCUGGUUCCUACAAGCGAACCAUAACAUACGAGGCCUCCAUGGACCAGCUUAGAGCUCUGAUCGACGCCUCUGAGUCAUGCAAGCAGUUCGUACGGUACGAGUGCAAGGGUUCUACUCUCCGGGAUGCUAACAAGGGCCUGCCCUAUGCCUGGUGGGUGACAUGGGACUGUAGGGAGACCGAGUAUUGGGGCGGGGCAUCCCCUGGCAGCUUUGAGUGUGACUGUAAGCUGACAGGAACCUGUGAUAAGUCUAACUAUCCCUGUAACUGCAACAUCAACGACAAUGUGUGGCGCGAGGAUUCUGGGUUCCUGACACGCAAGGAUGACCUGCCAGUGAAGCAGCUACGGUUCGGAGACACUACCGCACCUGAAGAUGGCUACCAUAUGCUGGGCAAACUUAUCUGCCAUGGAUAACAACUUUGAGACAUGACAUCCACAAAAUCUAGUUUGUCUCCAUCUCCAAAAAUUCCUUUUCAGGAACUUGAUGAGUAUCAUAUGAAUAGUACAAGAAACUUAUGCAAAAGGACAGCUUAAAUAUACAUACAUCUGAGGUAGAUGUUGAUGGAUCUAUAACAGGGCUGUCUCAGGCUUUAACUUCUUUCCGUUCCACUCAUUAUUUGAGAGUUACUGUUAAUUUUCAUUAUAUUGAUACUGGCAAUUGAUGGUUUAGGAAAUGCUUUUAAUCAUUGAUUUCAUACCGUGGAGGUCAAUUUUUUUGGACAGGCUAUUGAAAUUUGCUGUCCCAACAAGUAAAGCAAAUCUAUUGGAGACAGUUGUGAUCUACAUGUAAGUUGGUUCAUGUAACUGAUUUACUUGUCAAACAACUAUCAUGGUUUGGUGAAACUUCACAAGAGGAAAACAGCAACAUACAAUGGGGAACUCAUAUGCUUUGGUAAGCAACCAUUAAGACCAAAUCCAAGAAACCUGAAUUAUUUUUAAGCAUCUAUUGGAAAUCCCCAAGUCAGUAAUCUAUAUUUUUCUUUUAAUCAAAACUAAUUGUUGCCUAAUGGGAAAAAUUACGGCUUGAGAAAUACUAUCAAAGGUGCACAGGGAUGGUUUUUGUUCAAAGUCAUGUAUCUCCAUGUUAUUGUAACAGUUUUUCUUAGCAGUCUGACUCUGAGGGCACCAUUUUGCAGUGCCACUUAGCUUCUGCAGGAGGUACUGCAAUCUAUCAUGAAGAUACAAUGUACUGACUACACAAUACAUUCUACAUAUAUAAUAGAGAAUGUAAAGAAAACAAAGUGAUUAUUGCUGUUUAGUCAUCAGUGAUAUUCUUCAUUCCUGUUUUGUUUAAUGCCUUCUUGCUCUUGUAUUAUGUCCAAAUAAUUUUGCAAUUAUUGGACUGUAAAUGCAUUUAAGUUCGCGGAGAUUUAAUUUAGCAGUAGCGGGAAAAUGCACUUUUCGCAGUGGUUUUAA